AUGGUUUCCCUAUGUGCCAAAAACAAGCUCGGUUUUGUUGAUGGAACUUGCACAAAAUCUUCAGUCCAUGAUCGUUUAGCUCCACAAUGGGAAAGGUGCAACUCUUUGGUUCUUGCCUGGAUUUUUAAUUCAGUAUCCAAAGAAAUUUUCAAUGGGAUUGUGUAUUCAACCAAUGCUUCACAAGUCUGGCAGGACCUGAAAGAACAAUAUCACAAAGUGAAUGGCACUAGGGUUUUUGGUAUCCAUAGAGAAAUUGUGAAUCUUACACAGGGAACCAACACUAUGGCAAUUUAUUUUAACAAGCUUAAGUCGUUAUGGGACGAAUUGGAUUCUAUGGUAAGUCUUCCUGCUCCAGAUAGUGCUUCCGGAAAUACAUAUCCUGAACACCUUAAUCAACAAAAGUUAUUACAAUUUUUGAUGGGUUUGAAUGAGUCGUACUCUAUGGUCAGAAGCCAAAUUCUGUUGAUGAAUCCCCUGCCGAGUGUAAAAAAAGCAUAUUCCGUAGUGAAUCAAGAUGAGAGCCAAAGGAUUCUAGCAGGAUUGAAUACUAAUGCAGAUGUAACUACAAGACUCUAUGCUCAGAAUGAUUAUCAGUUUACAAAAGGAAAGGGGAACUCAAAAUCCAAAUACUCUGCUAAUCAAGUGCAAUCACAAGAAACAGUUGCAAAAACGACAUAUGCAAAGUCUCCUAAUAUUCCAACUGGACCUGUUUUCACAUCGGAGCAGUACAAUCAGAUUCUGGAGCUGCUAGGAAAAGAGAAUUCACCCAUUGCCAUAAAACCUUCCUCAAAAUCCAUUAUAGGUUUACCUGAUGGCACUAAGACUCAUAUUACACAUGACCGUUACAGUGGCAAAUUGAAGGGGAUUGUUAAUGGAGACUCUGAAUUUCCAAAUAUUUUUCUUGCUGCAAAUGUUUCUAAUAGUGCUGAAUUGUGGCACCAAAGGUUAGGGCAUGUUCCUUAUACAAUAUUACGUCAUAUGCAAAAAGAUUUUGAUGUUUCUAAUCCUCCUCACUACACUAUGUUUGGGGUCCAUAUAGGAUUCCAACACAUGGAAAUGCUAGAAACUCAAUACCAUUGUACUCCGAAAUGCAUUAGAAGUGACAAUGGUCUUGAAUUUUUUAAUAAAGAAUGCCAUUAUCUAUUUCUUAGUAAAGGUAUUGUCCAUCAAAGCUCAUGUGCUUAUUCCCCUCAACAAAAUGGAGUUGUUGAGAGGAAACAUAGACACAUCAUUGCAGUAGCUAGGGCUUUGAAAUUUCAGUCCAAUAUACCAAAUAAUUUGUGGGGAUAUCGUGUGCAAACAGCAGUUUACCUUAUAAAUAGGUUUCCUUCAUCAAUUCUCAAAGGUAUAUCACCUUUUGAAAGAUUUUUUGGUCACCCUCCUUCAUUAGAUCACAUCAAUGUGUUUGGUUGUGUAGCUUAUGCUACCAUUCUCACCCCUAAGGACAUAUUGUCACCUAGAUCUACCCUUUGUGUCUUUUUGGGUUAUUCUUUGACUCAAAAGGGAUAUUUUCUUUAUGAUAUUUCUUCUCAUAAAGUUUUUGUCACUGGAGAUGCUCUUUUUCAUGAGACCAUUUUUCCAUUCACUUGGUCUACAUCUCCAUCAUCACCUUUUCCCUUUGAUCCUGAAUUUCUGGAUAUUGAGUUACCUUCUACAACUAUAGCCCCUACUGUCCCUUUAUCAGCCGAUUUAUUACCUAUUGUCCAGCAUGCAGAACCUAUAGGACCUCCCUCUCCAUCUAUUAAUUCCUCUCCACCUCAACCUGCCAUCCCUCUUAGGAAAUCCAGUCGACUUACAAAGCCCCCUAUCUAG